AACCUGUUGGAAAUAAUCUUGUAGUUGCUUAGUAGUUAAGCUAGCAGCACUAGUUCAGUUUGGGUUUUGCUUGUAGCAGCAAAACGCCAUCUAGACAUUAGCUGUACUUGGUCGGCCACUGUAGCAGGUCGGUCACUGUAGCAGGUCGGUUACUGUACUAGGUCGGUCACUGUAGCACCGACCUGAAAACCUCUAUAUAAGAGGCACCCUAUAUGGAAGCAAAAAAAAGAAGAAAAUGUAGCAGUAUUGAGCUGCACCAAACUACUUGUGUCCACUUUCAAUUUGAGUUGAGAGUGUGUGUGUCCAAGUGCAAAGAGUGAGUAGCAGCAGCUCUUAAUAGUAGCUUUCAUUUGGUAUCAGAGCCAUGGCGUUAGUUCCGCACGGUGCCGGUGUCGGGGGGAGCUCGGUGACGCUGACCUGCCCGGUGCUCACGCCGACGAACUACACCGUCUGGGCUAUCAAGGUGGAGGCGAUCCUUGAUGCCCAGGGCGUGUGGGAGGCGGUGUCUCCGGCAGAUGGCGUGGCGGUGGACGCGGCGAAGAACAAGAUGGCGAGGGCACAACUUCUUGGCGCGCUGUCAGAGGACAUCCUCAUGUCGGUGUCGACGAAGAAGACGGCGAAGGAGGUGUGGGAUAGCCUCAAGACAAGGUUCAUAGGCGUCGAUCGUGUCAAGGCUGCUCGUCUCUCGACUCUCCGAGGGGAGUUCGACCGGCUGUACAUGGCGGAGGAGGAGCAGCUGGAUGACUACGCCGGAAAGAUCAGCGGCAUGGCGGCAAGGUACGCGAGCCUCGGCUCGACACUCAGCGACGCCGACAUGGUGAAGAAGCUGCUCGACACCGUUCCCGACCGGCUGUACAACGCGGUGGCCGGGAUCGAGCAGUUCUGUGACCCGGAGGAGAUGGCGUUCGAGGAGGCGCUGGGCAGGCUCAAGACGUUCGAGGAACGCUCACGGCGUCGCGCGCAAGCCAAGGGCGUCGGCGAACGAGUGACGGCCAGCUUCGCUCACGGCCGCUCGGUGGGAGGUACGACGACGUCGGCGCGGCCGUGGCCACAACCACAACGACAGCGGGAGCAGCGUGGACUCGAGCGCGAGGGGACGGCGUGGCAAGUGCUGGAACCGUGGCGUUCGCGGCCACUUUUCCCGUGA